AUGGGCUUCAGUUCAGGGGAGGAAAUACAUAUUUUGGUCUUACUUCUUGCUGCAGCACUUGCCAAUGCUACUCCAUAUCAGCAGCGAGCAAUGCUGGGACCUGAUCGAGGUUCUACAAUUGUGGAGUCACCGGACGGACUGCAGGCAAAGGUUGCUGAACCUAUGGCCAUGCUGGGGAGCGCUCAGCUACAUCAGGCAGCGGGCGGUACAGCUGAUCAGCUGUUCUUGUUGUCUUUUAAUGAUCAACUGUCCUUGCUGUCUUUGAACGACAACCUUGUCUCUUGA